AUGCUCUCGGUUCAAGUGCCGGGGUGCGCGGGCAUGGAGCGGCUGGGCGCGCCGGGGGGACCGCGCCUGCGGCACGACCACAGACAUCACCAUUCCACAUUGGAAUGGGAAAAACAGCAAAGGUUGCAGGCUAUGGUGGGUCGUCUGCAAGAGAUGGUGGAGCAGGAAACACGGGCACGUUCGGCCGCGGCCGCAGAGCGCCUCGGCCUACCACCAAGCAUACAGCUUCCCGACGGCGAGUACGGUCAGGACGCGCAUCUACAAUUACGAGUCCCUUAUCAGCAAGCCGAGCUGACGAGAAGCAGCUUCCAACCUCCACCGAACAAAUGCGUGAGCGACGUCCCCGAGUGGGCGGGUGCGGAGGCGCCUCCGGGGCGGCGCACCGCGGGCGGCGGCAAGAAGGACGGGCUGCUGCAGAAGGCGACGCGGUGGUGGGUGCGCAUGGGCGCGCGCCCGCCGCCCGCCUUCCUGCCCGCCAGCGCGCCGCCGCCCUGCGUGAUGGUGCCGCGCCGCGCCGCGCCCUCGCCACCGCCCGACGCG